CCCCUUUGUCCCUCGACUAGUUCUCUUCCAGAGUCAACGGUCAAAGUCAGAAUAAGACAUUCCGCCCCGCGUGUUUCUCGUGAAUCGAUCGAUUGAUUCCAAGUGUACGGAAUACACACGAUCCUGUCCACCGUGCAGUUUAGGUCUCACCGAUUCCAUUUAAUCUAUUCAAUCUAUUACCUUACCCCUCUCGUCUCGUCUCCAUUGUUCCCCCCGCCACCGGUCGCGCGACCGUUCAGCCACUUUGGAACUCCUCCUCACACGGCACAAUUAUCGUCAAUUUAGGAGACCCUCCCGACCACACUCAUUGCUUUUCGAUUCGUCCUCCAGCCAUCACCGCCCAACCCCUCCAGGUCUGCUAUCUACGUGUUUCACAUUCGAUCAUUUUUGUGUGAACUUAUCCCGAUUCCAGACCUUGACACCACCUGCAACCUGCACGUACGCUUCCACGUAUACCCUGCCACCCACGCCUCCGUCCUGCUAUUGCAGUAUGCAUAACGCCCCUUUCGGUUGAAUUUGGACCUGGGCCCGAUUGCGAUUUCUUUUAUAUCCGGCUACUUUUCUUCGAUGGACGGUGGUGUGCAAUCUGAUUGGGAGGUCGUGCGUUGGUGUUGAGAUCAAUCGCCCUUUUGAGUUACCAUUGUUCGGCUUUCAAUUGACCCAGGCGAGGAUUGGAGUAUACCCGAGAAACGGGGGCCAUUCUAUAUAUUCGGGCUUUUGAGGCCAGCGCAUACGUCAAACCGGGCAUCUAUCAUUCAUGGCCGCAUUGGAGGAAACCUCGGGGAAUGCCCCCGCUGGUGCUAGUCUCAAUUGUAAAGAGCAGCCGGUAUGCGCGACAAACACCGACCCCGAACAACGACCAAUGUCCUCGACCUCGGCGUCUCCGGUGCAUCCCAUCUCUCAGCUCCAGGGCCCCUUUGAAGAAUCGAUAGCCGAAGCCGUGCCCGGUUUGGCCAGUCAAUGGGUGGUCGAAAUCGAUGCGCAGACACGCCGGCGGGAUCUACUCGAGAACGACGAGUAUGAACGAUUGUGCGGGAGGAAAUGGCGACAGCGGGCUACUGAAAAAUACCACCCGUUCUGGAAGCUCGUCUCCCAGAUGGUCUUCGGGGUCCACCUUUUAGCCAAACGACAAGCCAAAUCACCAGCAGCAGUCAUGCAAAUCCUCCAAGGUCACGUCAACGAGCUAGACGGGUUUCUCCAGCGAACGACCGAAGACUUCCUGAUCAUCCACCUGGAUGUACGCACGCGCAUUCAAUACCUCAGCCUUCCACUCGGCAAUCUUGCCCUCUUCGACGAAAUGCUCGAGGACCGCAACUUUCGACUCGCCCUGGUAUCAUACAACGACCAGAUCGAGCAUGCCGUCGAGCGAUUCACCCUCGCUAUUACGGAUGCUCUUAAAGACUUGCAUAAAGGAAAGCAGGCUCUGGGUGCGUUGUGGCAUUAUUUGCAGCAACUGGGCAAUGAAGGGUGUUUUGAGACGGAUAGUCUCCGGGCGUUUUAUCAAGCGAUGAUGGAGAAUAUGGAAGGCUGGGUUAUGGCUUUGUCUAAGCUUCGGAGACGGGGAUCUGCACUGCAAAAGGCGCUGGGUCAGCUUGCGUUUGCGGUUACCGAAAUGCAGAGGCGGGUGGGUGUGGCUAGUCGAAAGGACGUGCGCUCCCUCGUCAAGACGCCGAACAGAGCCCCUUCCCGGACCACGUCUGUCCGACAAAGACUCUUUGCGAGGAGUCCCGGUCCCGGUACACCAGGACGACGACCCAUUUCGGAAAAACCACUCCCUCGCGACCCGUUAUCAAAACCCAAGUCUCGACCUGCUUCACGAAAUCUUGACGAUACCCUCAUUGCAGAGCAGCGCCAUACCGAGUCCCGCCUGCGCAAACCUUCUAGACGAGACAGCAUCAUGCCCCGAGUCCUCAGCCGUGCCAGAUCAUGCAGCGCCCUCGAAGGACAACCCGGAACCACAACCACCGAUCCCUCCCCACCCCGUACACCAUCCCGAUUAACCAGAAAACUCUCCCGACCUUUCCUCCCCAAACGCUCCGUCAGCGACAAAACGGAUACAAACAACCGACCCUCGACCGCACCAGCGCGAACCCUGAAAACCAGAAGCGCAUCGAUAGAACAGCUCAAAGCGCUAUGGGCAAAUGGACGACCACGAACACAGCAGUCCAUGGCCAAGCAAGCCCAACCGCCUCCAUCCCGCCCACAAACAUCUCAACCUAAAGAUUCACAACCAGAAGGUCUCGACACGAUGAAAGACCAAAUCUCGCACUUCCUCAAAACGGACCGCGUCGUCGAGGCGUGGGAUAAUAUAGCCAAAACGGCAAACUGCUGCGGCACGACACUCGCAAAGACCAAAGAGUGGCCGAGUAGUAUCUUCCGCACAAAAUCCUCCGAGAAUCUCCAUGCUGGAGCUCGUCACGAACGUGGAAGCGGAGCUGGUGCUGGUGCUGGAGUCUCAGGCACAGAUCUACAACGACAAAUGUCCUGGAUCCAAGAGCCCGAAUUCCUGAGUACGUACUCGUUCAAACAACGACCGGCGAUAUCCCCACGUAUCCACGUGUUGUCCGUCGCUAUUGACGACGAGCUGGAGAAGAGUUUCGAGGAUGCCGUGAGCAUGAAUAUGAGUAUGAAUGAUGAUGCCGGUGAGACGGGGUCGAUUAUUACGGCGUUGCCCGCUGUGCCGGCCCCCACGCCCGUGCCGGUUCCCGUGGCAUCGACGGCGUCCGUAGGUCUUCCGUCCAGUGCGGAGUAUAGACCGCGGGCUAUCGGGGCUCAAGCUUAGGGGUUGUUUUUCUUUGAAUUUGAUGCGGGCUAGCAUCUCGUCUGCUCAUUUAUAUCAUGCUGUCCUGUUCGACUCUCGUAUUGGUCUUGGUACGAUACCUAGGACUGGUUUCCUUGGGUUUAUACCGAUAUCUCUAUCGUCAGCGGCGGCAUCUUACUGGGGUCCGGCAAUCGAGAUAACAACUGGCUGGCUCGUUUUUGUUUUACGCAUUAUACAUAGUUGAGCUUUUAUACCCAUUCUGUACUCUGUACUACGCAAUAUCAUUUUCUUGUAGCAUUCAUUUCCAUCAUAGGACAAACCAUAAAAUUUAAGAAUUCACCGUGGUAGCAAGAUAAGGGACAUACUCCAAGACAAAGACAGGGAAAAGAGACCAAAAAAGAAGUCCCUUGACAGGAAAAAUACCGGCAGAUGGUAGGUAGAACGGAAGAAAGGCAGAUAUCUAGAAAUCAAAUUUCAGACUCUAGCAUCGAGUCUCCAAAAUCCGCAUAUUCAUUUCGUACUUCUCGAAGACAAAAAAAAAAAAAAAGGGCCCCGGCAAGCGCCUCAAGCAAAAGUAACUAAAACGCCCAACAUGAUCAAGUACCACGAGUCAAAAAAAAAAAAAAAACAAAGAACAGAAAAAAGAAAGAGAGAGCAGAGCUGCAUGGCGUGGGACACAGGGCCCACAUUCACAACACACAUGAACGCCCUUGGCCAAGCGAAACACACGUCAAAAAUGAAGCGUAAGCAUACAAUGAAGCAGUGCAAAAAAAAAAAAAAAAACAAAAACAGGCAGGUAAAGCAUUUCGACUUUAUUUGCAUCGUUUCUCAACAAUGUUGGCACCAUGCUCGUCGUACUCCUUCUUCGAGAUCCACAUUUGAUGGAAAGUACCCAGACUGGCCAGGAUGCUACCACCGAUCCACGAGCCGAAGCGACGCUCGGCGGUAUUUCCGGGUGCGGAGAUACGCACGCGAGGACCGGGGAAGAGCUGCAUCAACUCGUGGUUCAAGCGAUCCGUGAAUCCGUACAACAGACUAGAGCCACCGGUGACGACGACGUUGGCGAGGAGGUGGGGGCGGAUAUCGACAUCGACGCCGCCGAGGGAAGCCUUGAUCAGUUCGGGGAGGGUUUGGGCCUGUGUGGGAGCGGGGAUGGGCGAGUCGGGGUCCGGAAUAGCAGCCUUGACAUCGAAGAGGGACUCGACGACGCGGAAGCGGUCGACGCCGAAGAGUUGGUUGUAGCCAUCAGGGAACUCGAAGGGACGGCCGGGCGAUGAGCGGGCCAUUUCUUCGUUGGAAGCACCGGUGGGACCGGUGGCGGAGAGCUUGUUAGGUCCUGGCCAGACCUGGACGACGCAUUCCUUGAAUUCGGCUAGAGUGCGCUCCUCAAGGAGAGCCCGGUAGGUAGCGUCGGGAGCCUUGUCGGCGGCGAAUGUCUUGUACUUGGCCUGAGCGGGCUGACCGGCUUCAACGGCGGUCUUGGAGCUGAUCAGGUAGUGGGGGGUGAUAUUGAUGGGCUGCGGAGAGUUCUUUUUGAAUAGCGCACGGGUCUGCGCUGAGAUGUAGUCGCCGCCAAGGGGGGAAUGUUGCACGCCACGCUUGAGGACCAUGCCGUCGUGGACUGGAG